AUGACGGACCCGACGUUAAGAACGCCGACGCUCCCACGGAAGAUCGCGCCUCCAGCCAAGCCGCCCCUAGCCGGGGUAACACCAAGCCGACCACCGGGCUCCAGGACGAGGCAGAACGACGCGGACAAGUUCUGGCAGAAAAUGACGACCCGCCGUAUCCGCAACAACCCGGAGAUGAUACGACGCGGGCUCACGGGGCAGCGACGACCACCUGAAAAUAUUCCGGUGGUCGAUCUUUCCGACGAGGAGAAAGCGCCGCCAAUCGACGCCGCUCCUUCCUCCGCCCCGGUCACCGGGCCCACCAUCGAGAUUAUUGAGGUGUUUCCACCCCACACCUUUCGGCUGGUAAAACCCCCGGGCACGGGGAGAAGUUCUGCCGUCUCCGCAGCCGGGGCCGCUGCCCCAGCUAUCACGCCCAAAGCAGCCGCCAGCGAAAACGUGCCCAUGGCCGUUCCGGGCCCUAGUGCGAGGGCCACCCGCACCGCCGCCCCAACCGCUCUGUCCCUCGCACCAGUGACGAGCAACGCACCGGCCACCGCUACCCCCGGACCAAUACCGGCCACUACACAGAAGAGGAUGUUGCCGCGGAUGCCCCGCGACCCUUUCUGCGUAAGGCCGACGACACCGCGGGAAGAGCGGGACGUAGUUGUGGACGGAUGCCUGAUCCGGGUGCCCAUCGGCGUUAAACGCUGGCGCACCCGGAUCGGCAAAAUUAAGUACGUCCUCCGCCUCGACCCAGCGACCGGCACAGUGCGGCAUUGGUCGAAGCGCCAAUUGCCAUAG